AUUUCCGCCCAACAGUCACCGCGCCCAUGACGCUGCGUCUUUGACAACACUCCGACGGCUCUUUGGCUCUUUUACAGUACACACAAAUAUUUCGUUAUCAUCAAUUCCUUCUCGUUCAAAGCACCAGACAGAUCUCCAUGGCACGGGUCACAAGGCAUUCUAUCAGCUUUAAAUCUCAUCAUAGCCAGAGAAUACAUGAGACAAACACUCGCAAAAUGGUUCCAAUUGUGAAAUCAGAGGUAGAGGAAGAAGCACCGGAGGAUAACAUCAUCCACUUUCAUUCCCCGGCACCUCCGAUGGGCUUGGGAUGGGAUCAUCCUUCAGAGCUAUACUACCUAGAUGCUUCAUCUUGGUCCAAAGAUGAAAUCGUCAGACAUCUCAUCACCAACUCGUUCUCCGUCCCUGGGCACACAUACCGCUCCAAAUGGGCUACUAUCACCUCCAGAGAUGGUGCGACGACUGUGGUGCCGAAUCUGUAUCGUAUACCGCUGAUGUUCGUAGCCCAGUUCAUGUGGAGCUCGCUGCAAUUGGUCCUGGGUGACGAGGAGUGGGAUAGAUUCAAGACCGGGAUACUCUACAUGUCGAGGCUAUGCGAGGAUUUUUUGGGCACGGCCAGAGGUGCGAUGAGUGGAGAGGGUAUAGGGAGGAGCUGGAGGUGUGCGACGUUUGAUAGGGCGCUGAUUAGGUAUCGUCUGGGGUGGCUAUUAUCUGAGAGGAUGUGUUUGAAGGAGUUUUGGGAGAUGUAUGGCGAGGAUGCGUAUCGGAAAGAUGCUGUCAAAUUUGAUUGGAAACGGUUGGUUUUGAAAGGGAUCAAGGGAUUUAGGCUCGACGAGAAGCUGGUCGAGGGCGGAAUUACGGCGACGCAGUGGAUGAGUGGGCUGAAGGGACUCGGCGGUGAUUGGGUGUGGGAUACGAGCGCUGAAUCGAUUUGUACGAAGGAUGCUCUGGAUUAUUUGGAGUCAUGGAAAGGGAGCUUGCCGCCGCCGUCGAACUGUCAAACAACCCCGCUCGUUCAGAUGGCAGAAAAUGCGUCCACUACCGCUGAUCUAAACCAGGCGUUUCCUCUAUCCCCGCCAUCACCAGAAUUAUUCCAGCUCCUGGAUGUAAAGUCUCAGUCCCAAGAGCGGCGUAUUGCUUUACUGGAGAGGGAGGUUGCCUUACUGAAAGGCCUGCAGGCACCUAUAGUGGUCCCCGAAUCCACGCCCGUCUUGGUCCCCACACCGAGCUUCGUUGACCAGGACUUGAGUAGGAAUCCGUUGGACAAGUUCUCGGUUAAAGAAGAGUGCGGUAUAGGAAUGCAGAUCGCACCGUUCUCGGCGCCAGUCAAAUCCUUGCGCAAACUCUGGAGGAUGGAGGCAUGAUUGUCGAUAUGUCCCAUGCCAUCUUUAUGCAAUAUUUAUUACUAUUCAUUUGGAUGCACUUCCUCUUGAUAUUGGAUCUAUUGUUCUAUCUGACAGUGAACACAUGCUCCAAUCUUUAGUCGAAGCACCGAAGAUGCAUAUGAAUCACGCAUUGGGAAUAGGCCCCCUCGGAGAAUAUCGAAAGACAAGGUUAUCACUUUGAGGCUGACGGUCCGUCGACUCUUUGUUAGAACUCUUCCGUUCAAUCUUUACUUGCUUGGACAUUUCUCAAGCAAAU